ACUUCUUCAACUCCUCAAAAGCUUUCUUAGAAACGCUCUGACAUCAAGGCAGCCACUCUACAGAACCCCAUCAAGGGCAUUUUCUUUCUAAAAUCAUCACCAUGGUCAUCACAACUCCUUUCCAGACCCUUUUUGCAGUGCCUAUGACCUGCGAGAGCUGCAUCAAAGACAUCUCAGGUUCAUUGUUCAAGCUCAGCGGCAUUCAAAAAGUAGAGGCAAACCUCAAAGAUCAGCUGGUGACCAUCGAGGGAACAGCUGCGCCAUCUGCCAUUGUUGCAGCCAUCCAAUCGACUGGGAGAGAUGCCAUUCUCAGAGGUACCGGUGGUUCAAACAGUGCGGCGGUCUGCAUUCUUGAGACGCAUUCGAAUACCGUGUCAGAUAAAGUACGUGGUCUGGCACGGAUGGUUGAGGUUGCUCCAAAUCUAACACUUAUUGAUCUCACCAUUCGAGGACUGUCUCCUGGCAACUAUUGGGCUACAGUUCGAGAGACUGGGGACAUAUCCAACGGAGCAAUUUCUACGCGGGGUAUUUGGACCGAUCCAAAGGAGGGUGCUCUCAAACCAAGAGGUUUCUUGGGAACUGUGCAGGUUGGCAAGGAUGGCAUUUGCAGUGUGUUCCUUGACAAACCGAUACAGAUAUGGGAGAUGAUUGGAAGGGGAAUUGUGGUGUCGAAACAGCACGAGGGCGAGGGGAAGUUUGAGAAAAAUGAUGAGGACACCUUGGUUGGUGUGAUUGCGCGGAGUGCAGGAGUUUGGGACAACGACAAAACUGUCUGCUCGUGCUCGGGGAAGACUCUGUGGGAGGAGAGGAAGGAUGAAGUGAAGAAGGGGAUGCUGUGAUGAUAUAUGAGGCCAUCAGACGAGAAAUGGGCUGCCAAGCGAUGUGAUGGGGUGAUGGUGGUUCGAUUUACAAAAGAGGUAAAGUGACAGAAGACUUGCAGGAACUCUGAGGCUUCGACGCCGAGUUUAAUCUUACCUUUAUGGUAUCAAACGGCAAAGCUUUCAUGCGUUUCUAGCCGCGUCUCGGGACCCUGUGAGUGGAUAUGCCAAGAAAUGCUUGUUAUGAGGCAGGAUGCCUCGAGAGGAGGAUCACAUCGGGUUCCAAACAACGGGAUAGUCUCCGAAGUUGACGGC